AGGAGGUGAAGAAGCCUCUCGAUUUUUAAUGUCCCUACGCUACGUAAGCGCCAGCUGCUACACUUUUUAUAGGCAUUCACUCUCAGUUUCCCUGCGAGGGCUUUCGGUUCGCUUCUGUAGCACUGUAACUGCGAUGUCUUACCGUCCUAACUAUCAAGGUGGCCGCCGGGGCGGUAGUACCGGCAGUGGCGGCCAAGGUGGCCGAAGAGGAGGCGGGGGCGGGGGCCGAGGUGGGGGCCGUGGUGGCGGUAGAGGUGAGCAGCGGUGGUGGGAUCCCGUCUGGCGGGCUGAACGUUUGAGACAGAUGCAAGCCGAGGUUGAAGUCUUUGAUGAGAAUGAGUGGUGGAGUAAGAUGGAGCAGAUGAAGAGAGGAGGUGAGCAGGAGACGAUAAUUAAGCGGAACUACAGUCGUGAAGGCCAACAAACUCUAUCUGACAUGGCUUAUCAACUGGGACUUUACUUCCAUGCAUAUAACAAGGGGAAGACACUUGUUGUCAGCAAAGUUCCAUUGCCAAAUUACCGUGCAGAUCUUGAUGAGCAUCAUGGAUCAACUCAAAAAGAGAUACAAAUGUCCACAGAAACUGAGAGAAGGGUUGAGAAUCUGUUGGCUAGUUCCAGAGAAGCUGCUGGCUUAGAUGAUUUCUCUGGUGCAUCAAGCCAGGGUGCUAAACAAUCUUUACCCGCUGUAAAUGUAGUUAAAUCCAGCUUUGGAUUGGAGGCUAAUAAUGCCAAGGAGAAAACUAGUCUUGAACUCAAGAAUAAGCAAGAAAAAAUGAAGGCAAGUGACCAUUCAAAAGCAAUGCUUUCAUUCAGGGAAAAAUUACCAGCUUACAAAAUGAAGGCUGAAUUUUUGAGAGCUGUUGCUGAUAAUCAGGUGUUGGUGGUUUCAGGAGAGACAGGCUGUGGCAAAACUACACAGCUGCCCCAGUUUAUCUUGGAAGAUGAAAUUUCAUCUCUUCGUGGGGCAGAAUGCAACAUAAUGUGCACUCAGCCCCGUCGUAUAUCUGCUAUUUCUGUUGCAGCCCGAAUUUCUUCUGAAAGGGGAGAGAAUCUUGGUGAAACAGUUGGGUACCAGAUCCGCUUGGAAGCCAAAUGCUCAGUUCAAACAAGGCUUCUAUUUUGUACUACUGGAGUGCUGCUACGGCAAUUGAUUCAAGAUCCAGAUUUAACUGGUGUUAGUCAUUUGCUAGUGGAUGAAAUUCAUGAACGAGGCAUGAAUGAGGACUUUCUUUUAAUAAUUUUACAUGAUCUUCUUCCUCGACGUCCAGAUCUACGUCUUAUUCUAAUGAGUGCUACUAUUAAUGCUGAUAUGUUCUCCAAGUACUUUGGAAAUGCCCCAACCAUUCAUAUUCCUGGAUUUACUUUUCCUGUAGAGGAGCUUUUCCUAGAAGAUUUGCUAGAAAAAACACAUUACAGUAUCAAGUCAGAGCUCGAAAACUUUCAGGGAAAUGCACGGAGGAGAAGAAGACAGCCUGAUUCAAAAAAAGAUCCUUUGACCGAAGUGUUUGAGGAGGUUGAUAUUGAUUCUCACUACAAAAAUUACAGCACAUCUACAAAACAAUCUCUUGAAGCUUGGUCUGGAGCACAGCUUGACCUGGGCCUUGUGGAAGCAACAAUUGAGUAUAUCUGUCGCCACGAAGGUGAUGGAGCUAUUCUCGCCUUCUUGACCGGCUGGGAUGAGAUAUCUAAGCUACUGGAUAAAAUUAGAGGGAACAACGUUCUUGGAAAUCCUAACAAGUUUCUCAUUCUUCCACUACAUGGCUCAAUGCCUACCAUCAAUCAGCGUGAAAUAUUUGACAGACCACCUAGUAACAUGAGGAAAAUUGUGCUAGCAACAAACAUUGCUGAGAGUAGUAUAACAAUAGAUGAUGUUGUCUAUGUUGUAGACUGUGGAAAGGCAAAGGAAACUAGUUAUGAUGCUCUAAACAAGUUGGCUUGUUUGUUGCCAUCAUGGAUAUCAAAAGCUUCAGCACAUCAGAGACGAGGGCGUGCAGGUCGUGUUCAGCCUGGUGUCUGUUAUAGGCUGUUUCCAAAAGUAAUCCAUGAUGCAAUGCCCCAGUAUCAGUUGCCUGAAAUUCUCCGAACACCAUUGCAAGAACUUUGCCUCCAUAUCAAAAGUUUACAGCUAGGAAAUAUUGGGUCGUUUCUGGCAAAAGCACUUCAGCCACCAGACUCUCUUGCGGUUAAAAAUUCAAUUGAGCUUCUCAAAAUGAUUGGAGCUCUAGAUGAUGAUGAAGAACUUACUCCACUUGGUCGUCAUCUUUGCAAAUUGCCUUUGGAUCCUAAUAUUGGGAAGAUGCUUUUGAUGGGGUCUAUCUUUCAGUGCCUUGGCCCUGCAUUAACAAUUGCUUCUGCUCUUGCGCAUCGUGACCCAUUUGUCCUCCCAGUAAAUAGGAAAGAGGAAGCUGAUGCUGCAAAAAGAUCGUUUGCUGGUGAUUCCUGCAGUGAUCACAUUGCCCUUCUCAAAGCCUUUGAAGCUUGGAAGGAUGCAAAAAGUUGUGGGAGAGAAAGGGCAUUCUGUUGGGAGAAUUUCUUAUCACCGAUUACCCUGCAGAUGAUGGAGGACAUGAGAAAUCAAUUUCUGGAUCUACUGUCAGACAUUGGCUUUGUCGACAAAUCCCGGGGAGCUAAGGUGUACAAUAGAUACAGUGAUGAUCUGGAGAUGGUUUGUGCAAUCUUAUGUGCUGGGCUCUACCCAAAUGUCGUGCAGUGCAAAAGGAGAGGAAAGCGUUCUGCCUUCUACACUAAAGAAGUUGGUAAAGUUGACAUCCACCCAGCAUCUGUCAAUGCCGGGGUCGUCCUUUUUCCACUCCCGUACAUGGUUUACAGUGAGAAGGUGAAGACAACCAGCAUUUUCAUACGGGACUCAACGAAUAUAUCAGAUUAUGCUUUGCUUCUCUUUGGAGGCAACCUCAUUCCGAGCAAAACUGGAGAGGGUAUUGAAAUGCUCGAUGGAUAUCUUCAUUUCUCAGCAUCAAGGAGCGUGUUAGCAUUGAUACAGAACUUGAGAAGCAAACUUGAUAAGCUUCUUCUACAGAAAAUUGAGGAACCAGGGCUGGACAUCCAUGCAGAAGGCAAGGGAGUGGUUGCUGCUGUUGUGGAGUUGUUACACAGCUAGAAUGUAAAUAACUAAUAGAUGUUUUGCUGCCACUAAAAUCCUAGGAACAGGAGUUCUACCAUUCAUUUUAUUCAACAAUCUAUGUUUGAGCAUUAUA